AUGACAAUGGUCAUUGAAACCCUCUUCUUCCUCCUCUCCCUCUUCCUCUUCUCUCUCCUCUCUGUCCUCUCUCUCCUCCCGGGGGUAAAUGCCCUCGACGUCACCAACGAAUUCCUGGGGAUACUCAGGCAAAUGAGAGACCACCUCAAGCCCCCUCUCCCCCCCGCCUACAUGUCCGCUGCCAUUAUCCUUGGCAUCAUCUUCGGCACCUCCCUCCUAGCCCGCCUGGCCGCCGCAUGGGGCCUCUUGGCCACCUGGGCCCGUACCAUCGUUCCGGGGCAACUUGCCCACUCCAGAUGCCGUUGGAUUCUGGAGUGUUUGGCAAUUAUUGUCCUGUGGGUAGAGGGCCUGAUUUGGCCAUUCAAGCUUGAGAACUGGGAGACCCGCGCACGCACCGCGGAGGCUGCCCUCGCCCUCUCCCGCGGUGAGACUGCCACCGCCCAGGCUGCCCUCGCCCUCUCCCAAGUAGACACUCGGCUCGCCCACCAAGAGACUGCCGCCGUCCGAGCUGAGCUCGCUGCCGCCGUUCAAGAGGAACGGCACAGACGUGCCACCAUGGAUAUACAGCUCCGAAGGCUUCGUGAGCUUUUCGGUCGCCUGCAAGAGGCAAUGGCCUGA